CCUGAAAUCAGUCCGACCUCUCCUCCUUGAGUGAAGGUCCAUUGCGGUGACUCUGUUACGUUAGCAGUCUUCUGACUUACUGCCUAGGUAAACGCUUCAGCUACAAUGUCUGGUCGUGUUCUUGUUGGAGUCAAGCGUGUCAUUGACUACGCCGUUAAGAUUCGCGUGAAGCCGGACAACAGUGGCGUGGUGACGGAUGGUGUGAAGCACUCAAUGAAUCCCUUCUGUGAGAUUGCUGUGGAGGAGGCGGUCAAGCUAAAGGAGAAGAAGCUUAUUAAGGAGGUUGUGGCUGUCAGCUGCGGGCCGCAGCAAGCACAGGAGACCAUCCGUACUGCUCUUGCCAUGGGAGCAGAUCGUGGCAUUCAUGUGGAAGUGACUGGGAAAGACUAUGAAACCCUGGGACCUCUGCAGGUCUCCAAGAUCAUGGCUGCUUUGGCCAAGAAGGAGGACGCUCAACUUGUUAUCCUUGGAAAACAGGCCAUCGAUGAUGACUGCAAUCAGACUGGCCAGAUGACAGCAGCUUUACUGGACUGGCCUCAGGGUACCUUUGCAUCAGAGGUGUCACUGGAAGGAGACAAGGUUAAAGUGGUGAGAGAAAUUGAUGGUGGCCUGGAAACUAUUAGGAUCAACACACCGGCAGUGGUUACCGCAGACCUUCGACUCAACACCCCCAGAUACGCCACCCUACCUAACAUCAUGAAAGCCAAGAAAAAGAAGAUAGCUAACAUGAAGCCUGCAGACUUAGGAGUAGCGCUCACAUCACAGUUGGAGGUGUUGAGAGUGGAUGAGCCCCCACAGAGACAGGCAGGGAUGAAGGUCGAGACGGUGGCUGAUCUGGUGGCCAAACUGAAGGAGGCAGGGAGGAUAUAGAGGCUUUAGGAGCAUAAGCAGGGGAGUACAGAACUUAGCAGAAAGGACUAAUAAUUGGACUGUAUUGCAUAAGCUCACCCGGAAGACUAUAUGUAUCCGUCUAGCUCCUCUGUUUGAGACUGUAACUCCUGAGGUUAUGCUUGAAGAGAGUGACAAGAGGACUACUGAGAAACACUGUCCUGCAGCAAACCCAGACAACCCCAAAAGGAUAUCUAGUCUUUUAACUUACACAGGUGAUUCAUCUGUAUCACAGGCUACUAAUCUAACUUUAGACAAGCAGUCUUUAUGCAAUAAUUAAAACCCAUAAACUUCCCAUCAUUGAUGGUGCUGUUUGAAUUGCACUGUACAUCAAAGCCACCUGUACGAUGCGUUUCACCAACAGUUGCUUGACUCAGCUGUUUAAUCUUGUAUAUCUGUAGUCACACAUGUUAAGAGGUACAGUUUUUGUAAAUGAUAUAUGUAAAUAUGGACCUGAACAUGUUGAGGAUUAUGACCUUCAAGAUUAGCAUCAUGUCUACUGGUAAUUUGUAUAGUUGUGUAAUUCUAUCUAGAUUUCAGGACUGCCUAGGCGGUGUCUCUCAGUAUGAGCAAGGGAAGAUUAUCAUAAAUAACAAUUUUACCAUAAGCGCCUCAAAUCUGUGUUGAUUGUACAGAACAUUACCAUGACAAUAAAGCUACCAGUUGUUUUCGUUUAUAAAUACA